CAGCCCAGCAUCGCCAACCCCAGCACGUCACCAUGUUUGGUCCUUUCCGCCUCACAAACCCGCUAUCCGGCGGCCUGUUAUGGAAGAUACCAUGGCGACUAUCCAGACAUCAGAAGUACAGGCAUCGCGAGCGCCUACGGCACGUCGACACCGUGGUCGGCACACUCGACACCGCACUACGACGCAUGGGACAAAGUAUGAAGAAGGUGGAGCGCUGGAAGAUGGAGAUGCCAACCGAAGCGGAGAUGCUGCCCAAGGACAAAUACACCGUCUUCGACCGUAAGGUGAAGAGGUAUCGGAAGGGAAUACACAAGGUGCCAAAGUGGACAAGAGUCAGUCAACGACUCAACCCUCCAGGUUUCUAGAUGGACCGCACGAGGAACGACGGUCGCGUGCGUGUAUACCAUGUAUCAUCAUACAAUUUGCAUCAGAUACGGCGCUAUGGGAAGGAAACAAUACAAAAUUCUCAAAUCUGCACUGGAA